AUGCAGGCUACAGAGGACAAUGCCGAAGAUCGCUUUGCGGACCGAGAAGAUGCACCCUUCCUGGACCCGGGCCUGCCGAAGAAUGAGCGGUCCUUCCAGAAAACCGACGACAAUAAUGCUUCCCGCGAAAAAUUGCGAAUCCGGCUCAUGAUCACGCUGUAUGCAAUUAUAUUGUUGGUUGAGAUGGGAAGCGCAAUGACCCAGGGCCCUUAUACUCGAAUCUUUGAGUCGAUUGCCUGCAAGCACUGGUAUCGAGAUCAUGAUCCGUCGCAACUCGGGAGUGAUGGAGAGGUACCCGAAGAUGCGUGCAAAUCGUCUGUUAUUCAAAGCGAGGUUGCUACCAUCAAAGGAGUCAUGGAGUUCUUUGAUGGGGUGGCGAGUGUAUUACUCGCAAUUCCGUACGGGUUGCUGGCCGACCGGAUUGGACGAAAGCCUACCAUCAUGCUAAGUAUCCCAGGCUUCAUCCUCAAUAUGAUUAUCUGUGGAGUAGUCUUGUGGUGGUCGGAUAUCUUCCCACUACGUGCGAUAUGGCUUUCGGCUUUGGCGUGGCUGUUUGGUGGUGGGUUAGUCGUUGCGUCCGCGUUGGUAUGGACGAUGAUGGCCGAUGUCACGACCGAACAACAACGAUCUGCCAUGUUCUUUCAAUUCGGUGUCGUUAUUAUGGGCUCUGAGUUCUUGAGUAAUUCAAUCGGAUCGUGGCUAAUGCUUUUCUCGCCCUGGAGACCUUUGCUUAUUGGCUGGGGAAUCGUCACUGUUGGUCUGAGUCUGGGCAUGACGUUGCCGGAAACGAAGAAUGCUUUUGCAAACAACAGCAACACAGAGCAAGAAUAUGCUCAUGAAAUGUCCGACUUGUCAACUCUCGCAGACGACGAAGCAGAGGAAGAAGGCACCCUGCCUUUUGCCAAGAUCAACGCACCGCAGCCACCAACCACGGCUUGGAUGAAAGUCAAAGCAUCGUUCCAGGCAUAUUCUUUCUUCUUCAAAGACAGACAAGUAGUCUUGCUCUCCUCGGCAUUUUUGGUCUACAAACUCAGCCGAGGCACUGCAUGGUUCCUGAUCCAGUACGUCUCUAUCAGGUACGACUGGCGUCUUGCAGCAGCGAACAUGAUCCCCUCGCUAAAAGCAAUCCUGAUGGUCUUUCUGUUUGUCGCAAUCCUGCCACUGGCUUCUUGGUAUCUGCAGAAGAAGCGAGGCGUUGACAGUCGUGCCAAGGAUAUCAUUCUCACCAAAGCCAGCGUCAUGUGUCUACUCGUAGGCACUCUAGGCAUCGGCCUCUCGCCGCAUGUGUCUAUCAUGAUAUUCUUCCUUGUCAUCCAGACUAUGGGUGCUGGGUUCGUUUAUACCACGCGUUCAGUGGUUACGACUAUGAUCCAGCGUGACCAGACAGCUCGUUUAUAUACAUUGAUUGAGAUUAUCCAAGCUUUUGGUAUGAUUUUGGCUAGUCCAGUCAUGACUGGCUUCUUCAAUUGGGGGUUGCAUUUGGGUGGGUUCUGGAUAGGAUUGGCCUGGAUGGUUGCUGCGGGCCUCUUUGGCAUUGUUGGUUUGAUCAUUUGGAGAGUCAGGUUGCCUGCUCAGUCUGCUCGAUCUGACUGA